ACUCAUACUACGUUGUUAAAAAUACUUCCGGAUUUGAUCAUUAGUUAACGGGAUAACAUGGAUCGAAACGUCGCCUCAUGCGACUCAAAUGGGGACAAUGAAGUGUUACAGAAAAGAUUGAUCAAUGCAGUUAAAGAUGGAAACAUUGAAAAAGUUACAGAGAUAUGUAGAUCUCUUCCAAGAAACUUUGAUAUGAACAGUGUUUUUGAAAUACCAUAUUACGGAAUCCGCAAAGGGACACCAUUACUUCAUCUUGCCUGCAGUGCUAGAAACUCGGGGGAAAUUUUGAUAAUACUGGUUAAAAAUGGCGGAAGUCUGUGGUCGAACAAACUAAAUGGUUUAAAUCUUUUUCAUUAUGCCUGCAAAAAGAGAAACCUGGAGGCUAUUCAGUUUAUUCUGGGCGAGUGCCAGGAUGUGUUUUACCUUCAUACUAUAUCAGAAGAUGGUUAUGAUGCCCUCUUUUACGCAAUAGAAUCCUGGAAGAAGGAUCCAGAAGAAGGAAAAAAAGUUAUUGAACUCCUUCUUCUCCAAGGAAAGUUUAGUAUCAAUCGAUUUCGGAAAGAUGGGUCAACUGAAGUGUUGAAGGCUGUUGUGGAAGAUAGAUGCAAGUUAGUAUCAAUGCUCUGCAAGCUUGGGGCGGAUGUGAAUCUUGGACACCAUUCGUCUAAAAAAGCAAUUCACUGGGCAAGCGAACAAAGUGGUUAUCACGAUAUGAUACAAAUACUUGUAGACCAUGGUGCAAAUAAAAACGAAGUAUGGCGCCACUGUCAACGACCUAUACAUCUGGCUCUUAAACAUGGUUUAACUAGAAAUGCAGAAAUUUUGCUCCGAUCAGGAGUUGACAUAUCUGGUUCAAUACGACUAAGUAACCCAAAGUACUUUUGGAUUUCAACAUUUUGUCUUGCUGCUAGGCGAUGUCCUUCGUUAAUUCCAGAGUUUCUAGCUCGCAGUGCUAACCCUAACGAAAUCCACUACACGAGUGGAUACUCAGUGCUUGGAUUUGCCAUAGAAAAUGAUGGCAAGAGAGAAGCGAUAAAAUCCCUUAUACAAGCGGGCGCUGACAUUGCAAAAGGAUGUAAUGGAAAAUCUGCUCUCCAAAGUUGCAACAACUUAGAUCAAAUACUUGCAUUUGUUGACUGUGCAAUACCACUGAAGACUAUUGAGAGUGAACUUGACACAAAUCUCUUAAAAAGAGUUCUAUUAAAAGACUAUUCAUCUGAGGAAACCGUGGUUGAAAAUGCUAAAUUUUUGUUAUCCAAAGGUUCUUCCUUUGAUGACCCACGAAAUGGUACUAUUGCAUUUUUGAUUCACCACUUAGAGAGAAGAAAGUACAAAGUUGCAGAAUUUCUCGUCGAAAAUGGCAUAAACGUGAAUCAAAAAAAGGAAGACGGAAACACAGCUUUACAUAUUAUCUGCGAAAUGGAAUCAUCUUUCCAAGAAGGACCUUUAACACUAGUUCAAAAACUACUAGCAGCAGGGUGUUCUGUCGAAGAAGUAAACAACGCAGGGGAAACACCAUUGCUCGUGGCAAUUAGAACAUAUUAUCGCUAUCCUUAUGGACAAACGUGGAAAACUGACCUAAUUAAAUACCUCCUCGACAAUGGAGCUGACAUCAAUGUUCAGUUUCCUGAUAAAAAAAAAUCAACGUUGCUCUAUGCUAUCGAGUCCCAUGACAUAGAAAUGACAAAGUUAAUGUUAAACGCUGGGUACGACAUCAACACAAAGGAGGCUGACGGAGAAUUGCCUAUCUUUCAUUGUUUCCCUUUAGACAGGCCCAAGAAAAGGGAGCUUUUAACUGUGAUUGUGGAGACAGGAAAUGUUUCGAAUAGCGUCGAUAGUAAAGGAACCAGUCUCCUGGAACGCGUUUUUCAGGCUUUAGUCACUGUUCCUCCUGAUGUGAGCAAUACCUUUUACAAAAGUGGCGAAACAAAAAAGAAAAAAGUUAAAAUAGAUGCUGAAAUAAUUCCAGUUUUUAGUCUAUUGUUGAAGAAGAAUGCUGAUCCAAACACAGCAAAAGAAGGUCAAGACUCAUUGCUCAUGAAGGCUAUAAGAUUUGAAUCAGAAGAAAUUGUCACCCUGCUUAUUAAAGCUGGAGCUAGCAUAACGCACAUAGGAGAAAAUAAAAACACACCACUGAAUGUGUGUUGCAGGUUGUCAAAGAAAAAAACCAUGAAAGGAUCCCAGGAGAAAAUUUAUAGGUUGAAAGAGGAAGGUCUGAGGAUAAUAAACAUUUUAUUUGACAACAAUUUACCCUUGGAUGCUCCAAACGCGAAAGGAAAAUACCCAUUAGAAGUUUUAAUGCUUUUUGACAACACUGAGGCUGAAAUUCAAACAAUGUUGUCUAAGGGUGCAGAUCCAAACAAAUAUGACGUCAAUGAAGAAUGCCCACUGGUCAACUCAGUUUAUGGAAAUCCUUCAGUAACGUUGGCCUUAAUAAAAGCCGGAGCCGAUGCACAGACGACAGCAACAGAUGGGAGAAGUGUAUACGAUUUGUUUUCUGAUUUGAUAAAUGUAAGUUUGUUACAAAUGCUUAAUUUUAUUAACCGCACGAAAAAGCAGAGUUUAGAAUGUUAUGUUAUACUGGUGUGUUGUUACUUUGCAGAAAGAGCCUUUUAUGAUGACAAUUUGUCUUGUCUUGAUGAAAGAUUUGCAGCGGAAAUUCAAAUGAGAGCUCUCGUGAGAAACCAAACACCCCUUGUUAAAAUAGAAGACAUCUGCAAUACCCUCACCAUAGGAAAGAAAAUAAAACCGUUUUUAGGACAACUUCAAAAAACGCCAGCGAUUAAAGUAUCUGGAAAAUCAAUGCUUGUCAAAUUUGGAGAUAGUUUUUCCUGCUGGAAAACAGUGCGAUGGCUUGAACAAUUAGUAAAGAAAGGUGAAGUACGGAAUUUGAAAGCCAAAGACGAUCAAAUUUGUAUGUACAUCUAAGAUGCAUUUCUUUAAAUUUAAGAAUGUACAAAAUCCAUUUUUAGCUUGUUUUAAUCACUCAGGUGACCUAUAGCUAUCCGCUUUUGCCCUUGUUGUACGACGUGCGUCCUGUUGACAUUUGAAAAUUUUGGGUUUUUCUCUGCAACUGCUGAACCAAAUUCAACUAAUUAUGGCAUGGAACAUUAAUGAAAGAAGGGAAAUAACAACAAAUUUUAAUUAAAUGGU